CGCCCCUGCUUCUCCAUGGGCGGAGGCUCAUAAAGGAAAACCUUACUUAUAAUUCCUUGCGUACCUCUUCGAAAGAUUAAUCCGAUUUUGCCCAUUGCCGACGCAUGCGUUUUCCAUAGGAGGGAUUGGCGGAAGCCGGAAUCUCCGCCGGCGACGGAGGCCGCCGUCUUCGCCAUUGUCGGUUGGCGUUGUUUCUCGCCUUUUGGAUCUGGGAGACAGAGCCGCCGCUACUCCCUUUCUCUUGUGGUAUUUGCGUGGACGGAGGCGCAGUCUUCCAUCACUGGCCCAUUCGGUCGUUUAGUAUCUGAGUUGACGCCCCGUGGACUGGCGUUUCGCGUUUUUCAGGCUGGCAUAUUCUUUAUAGAUUCUUGCUCCUGGAAGGAAAUCCUGCUUCUUUACUGCUAAUCUGGCCUUCCGGCACUGUAGCGGCAGUAGAAGCGCCAAUCUCCUCCUUGUCGACGCUUUGACCGGAAGUUCUGUCCCCCACAACCGGUAGAAAAAAGGCGAUCUUUAUGAGUUGGCUUCCGUCCUGCUUCGCGCGAAGUCGCAGAGAAGUACGAGUCUCUUGUUCGAGGUAGCUAGCUCCCAGGCGACUCGCCAUCCCUGUGUCGUAUCGGCUAGCACUUCUUCAUUUUAUCCCCAAAGAGAAGGAAGAAAAAGGAGGGAAGAAAAAUGAUGCGGAUCAGGUCGAAGGGCGCCGCUCCUGCGGCGACGGCAGGUGAUAGCGGCACCGACCAAGUGGAAUGGGAAGUGAGGCCCGGCGGCAUGCUGGUCCAGAAGAGGAGCACCGAGUCGGAGCAGACCGCGGCCGCCGCUCCGACCGUCAGAGUCCGGGUGAAGUACGGGUCGUCCGUCCACGAGAUCCGCAUUAGCCCUCAAGCAACAUUCGGGGAGUUGAAGAAGCUGCUGGCGUCGCAGACGGGGCUACACCCGCAGGACCAGAAGCUCUUUUUCAAAGACAAGGAGAGAGAUUCGAGAGAUUUUCUGGACAUGACUGGCGUGAAGGACAAGUCGAAGAUGGUUCUCCAGGAGGAUCCUCAGAGCCAGGAGAGAAGGUAUCUUGAGAUGAGGAGAAACGCGAAGAUGGAGAAGGCAGCCAAGUCCAUCACAGAGGUCAGCCUGGAGGUGGACAACCUUGCAGGCCAGGUCUCUGCUUUAGAAUCGGUGAUCUCGCGAGGCGGGAAAGUCGCCGAGAAGGACGUGCUGAGCUUGAGUGAGCUCUUGAUGACUCAGUUGAUCAAGCUGGAUGGGAUCAUAGCAGACGGUGACAUGAAGAUGCAGAGACGAAUGCAGGUGAAGAGAGUGCAAAAGUAUGUGGAAACCCUUGACUCGAUCAAGGUCAGCAACUCAUUGAUACCCAACAGCCAAGCACCGGCGCGGCAGCCUGUUGUCGUGACCACGAAGUGGGAGACCUUUGAUUCCUCCCCUGUACCUCCCGUCCCAUCGACCUCAAAGCUGAACUGGGAGCUUUUCGACUAAGAAAGCGUUGCGCGUUUGCCUAAAGGGCUCUUCCCCUCUAUUUAUUGUCUUUGGGCCUCACUUCCUUGUCCAGUGGUCUCUCUCUCUCCCUACAGUGUUUUUUACCAUCAUUUAUCGGCCCGAAUAAAUAAGUAGGAUGGUAUUUUUUGUCACUAUUGCCCUUGACGGUGCAAUCCUUGUAUUGUUUUACUUUAUUGGAGAUUGAAGUUAAGAGGUGUAAAUUUUCAUUGAAUUGGAGGUGAGCAAUAACUUUGAUGUCUUUAUGAUCUAA